CAUCACUAGCCCUGGAUUUGGAAUUCUUGGCAAAAUGAUUUGUAUUUGAUUUCAGAUAUUAUGCUUCAACUUACCUAUCAUCUCUCACAGCACUGUGCCAGCACAAGGUAAACAACUCAAGCCGCAUAUCAGAAAGGUAGAAGGAGAGGGAUCAAACAACUCGACCUUAAUUUACACUCGCUUUCGAGGACUGGCAAAAGAUUCGAACCGUUCUUCAUCUUUACGCAAAGGAGAUCCAGAAACAGCAACUUGAUCCCAAAUACCACUCUCCUCGACUCAAACACCAUCAUGGCAGCCACGAACAAAGAUUCUCUCACCAAACUAAAAGACCUCUACCAAGCAAUCGACAGCUUAAAGCCGACCUCGACACCCGAAGAAUUCCAGACAAUCAGCGCCUUCUUCAGCCCAACUUGCACAACCUACCUCAAAAGCAUGCGCGAAUACGACGAACCCAGCCUCGGCCGCACCGCAACCAUUUCCUCCCUCCAAGACAACCUAAAGAUCCAACACGUCGUCAAUCGACACAUUAUCUCUCAAUCCACAAGCGCAGAUGGGUUGACCGUCUACUGCGAGAUGAAGAAUCGCCUUCAUGUGCUGGGACAGACACUCGAUCCUUUCUACGAGACGGCGGUGGUUGUGUUUGAUGAAGAGGGGUUGAUCACGGAGUUUAAGAAUUAUUCUUGUCGGAGUCAUAUUGUUGAGAUUGUACAGGAGCAGACGGGGUUGGGACCUUAUGCGGAAGUUCCGGAGACAAGAGGGAAGUCGGAAGGGAAAGCUGGUUGUUGUUAGUAGUACUUGGCUUUGUGUUGAAGAACAUGGUGAGAGUUCGAAGAGAUUACGAUUUGACGUCCUGCUAGAGACUCUCAAUCCAGGAUCAAGCAAAUCGUGUUUCUAGAUAAUCGAUAUCUCUACAUUCGAGGACAGCAAAGUGAUAACAAGCAUGUGCAGCAAAGCCGCUACUGUUAGCGCACCUUGUUCAUUAACCCUUCCAUUACCUG